GACCCCCAGCCUCAUCAUGCAUAUCAGCCAGGUCACGUACAGAAUGUCCCUCGUUGAUAUGUAUAUCCAUAACUCUUUAAUAUUUUAGCGAUAGAUACUGGCUAACAUUUUGAAAGGCAUACACAGAAUGGUGACACGUACAAGAGGUUGGACACACAUUGAUCACGGUGCCUACCCAUAUAUUGGCAAGGAUUGUUCUACUUUGUGUAGAAAUGACGGCAUACAACCCAUGGUGGGAUGUUGAUCUCCAUGGUAGAUGGUGCUACGGGUAGGUCAGGGUACUGCUAUGCUCCGGCAGAAACCAAGUGAGACACUUGGGCUUGUUUUUGUUUGUUUGCUGAGUAAGGUCACUGCGCGCGGAGACUUCCUUUUUCUAUUUGUGCCGCAAGGUUUUAACCAGUCUCUCCGAAACGACGUCAGAUUUCAACGAGUUCUGUUCUCACUCUGCGUUCUUUUCUUGCUAAACCUAACACCUCUCCGCGCCUCUUGUGUUGCUCUUAAAGUAUCUUCUUCGUUCCUUGGAUUAACGUGCUCAACGAUUUAUUCAAUUUCUUACACAGCGACGCAAAUGCUGGCAGUCGUGUCAUCUUCUCCGCCCCAGAAUGUUACUCCGCAUCAUCCUAAUGGAGCGAGCACACAGGAGAAGCGGGGAAAGCGAUUCUUACGGCGACGGGGAAGAGGAAGAGGAGAACUCAGCGAUGAUGAGGUUGAGCGCGAAGCGCUUACAGAUUCUGACUUCUCCAGCGAAGCUACUGAAUCUGCACAUGAGACCGAUGAGGAGGAUGAGAAGGGGCCGUCUCACACCUCUCCCUUGUCCGGAGAUGUUUCUGGUCCUAAGGAUCGAUCUGUCCGUUCCACAGCUCCUUCGCCGCCCUCUGUCAGUGCUCGACUGAAUGGCCACAGCACUCUCAUCCCUCCCACAACCGACAUCUGGUCUGGGGUGGCAUCGGGAGGCAUACAUGCCGUUGAUAUGCCUACCAUACAAUUUGACCAAAUGGAUGCUCAAGUCGGAGGCCCGUCCACAGAGGAAACAAAGGCGCCGCCAAAACGCAAAAACCGGAGAAAAGAUGUAAAAACGAAAAUAGCGAAAUCGGCAACGGCGCCUGCGGAUCCAAUAGCAGUCGAAUCUCCCAUUGAUGCACCCACUGAGGUUGCCACCGUUUCCGUGACUGUGGCGCCUACACCACGACCACCAAAAGUAAAUGCGCGCCAGGCUUACUUAGAGCGUUUAUCCAAUGACCCAUCUUUCGUUCCUCGCGUCGGUGCUUUUUGGGGUCAUGAUGAACGGUUAAUGGACAAGGACUUGCGGAGCAUGAGCGGUUGGUGGCGAGGCCGUUGGCAAGGACGUGGAAGAGGUGGUUUCGGUUUACGAGGCCGUGGUCGAGGCCGUGGCGGCAAUUCGAGCACACGACUUGGCAACGGCGAAACAGGUGACGCAGCGGAUGGGGACACGAGUGGUCAAACUGGUUCAGCUCAUAUCCCGCCUGUCGAACAGUCUUGGAAACAUGACGGCUUCGAGGAGCUCGAUAGAGACGAGAGGCGCUCAGGGCGCCAUCGCUUUAAUUCAUCAAGAGCAUCACGCCAGGGAUCCGGGAGAGGUCGUAGUCGUGCUGUGGCCGAUGCGCCACCAACCACAGAAGAAGCACCAACCAACUCUGGCAGGUCCCGCUCGCCAAAUUUAUCAAAGCUCUCGCCGCUCAAACGUUCGAAACCGGAGCGUGCCUGGACAAAACCCUUGGACAAAACUCUUGUCACUGGAUUGCAAUCCAAGUCAAAUGGUGGAUCAUCCCCAACUGAUGUUCGCAUCAAACUUUCGAAUACAGGAGAGCCCCGGAAUGUCCCAUUGCUACAGCCUCUACACAAUCGCCCGCAUUCCCAACUCGCCGACCCUAUUGAUGGUCGUAGCGAGGUCAGUGUUUCGGAAAAACCUGCUGUCGUCCGAUUACCUGGGAAGCGUGUUCCGGACUCUUCCGAGCCGAAGGAACCAGAGCCACAGGGCACUCCAUUACGAACCCAGGACACAGCCGAACCAGAACCCGCCAUCACGAAAACUUCCACACCCCCACCCGAUGCCACCAAACAACCCCACACCACUUUGGAUAUCGAAGCGAAACCUAACCCAGAGACACCUCCCAGACCGAACGGUCCAGAUACCUGGUCUGCUGCCGAUCCACAGGAGCCCGAGCCACAUCCAGUCAGCCCGGCGCCUGGUUCCGAUAAGCCCGUUCACGCAGAGAACCAUGAUACUGCACCCCCUUCGCCGCCCACUGAAGUACCACCAUCACAUUCUUAUCCUGAAUCUCGUUAUUCCCCUUACCUCCCCCUCCCUGCAGGCGUCGCUAUUAGUGAAAACGGCGUGUUGUACGAGAUUGCAACUGGACGUCCUGUCAUUCUAACACCUCCACCGCAGCCCAUUUAUGAUCCCCGAUCCGCUCCUUUCUAUGCACCCCACCCGCAUCCCUAUCGUCGUCACUCUCAUUCCCUCACCGCAGAUUUCGUUCCCCCCGUGAGCACACCGCCCAUUCCGCCGGGUGUGCAUUCUGGGCAUUUCGGUUACUCUGGUUACGAUUCGCCUCAGUAUCCUCCCUAUGCUGUCGAUGGCCCACGUGAAGCUACGCCUCCUUUCAAUUCUCGAAGACAGUCUCGUGCAGUGGAAAUCCGCGCACCUAGUCGGGCUCCAGAUACGAAUGGCAAAGUCCUAUUGCGCCCUUCGAACCUGCGAUCUUCCGUCAGUGCCGACACCCAACCAGAGGCUUCCGAGGAUGCGAUACCCGUAUAUCAGCCCGAUGUCCAGAUGAUGCAGCCAUACCCUGGUGCCCCUUUCUACCCGGUAGCCUAUCCAGCAUAUACACCCAUGCAUCAAUAUACGCCCGAUGGGCAACCUUACGGUUACUACACACAUGAGAUGCCGUACCCUGGGUAUGCUGUUCCUGGGCAAAUGGACGGUGGAGUCGGUUACGGGUACGAACAAUACCCCACUAGGGUAUACGCCCCUCCCGAAGGUCAGGGCGUUUACUAUUAGAUCUUCCUACCUGGUAAUCAGCGGCGUCUCCUUGUGCCUUCCUCUUUUAAACAGCCCCUGCUUCCCGAACUAGCUUUUUUGCAUUGACCUAUUCU